AUGUUCUCCUCGCGCGCCGUCAGCUCCGUCAUGCGCGCGCGCCCCGCCGCCGCGCCAAGCACCUCUCGCCUCGUCGCCGGCGCGCGCGCUCGCGCUCUCCACGCUUCGCCGCGGACGAUGCGCCCGCUGCCCAAGGAGGAGCAGAGCGGGCACACUGUUUCGCAGCGCCUGCGCAGCGGGCUCAAGGCCAUUCCGGUGGAGAUUUACCCGUUGGUCGUGGUUAUUAGCUGCGGGCUCGUCUUCGGCGUCUACUCGUUCAUCAGGCCUGCCCUCCAGGACAAGACGCUGCGUCUGCACCGCCAGCGCGGCCACGACUAG